GAGUCUCCGUAACUCCCUGGACCCUGACAGUCUCCCUCGGUGACUCGGUCCCUCCCUCAGUACCACUUGGGCCGUGAGAGAGUAAGGAUGGCCCGUCGCCUCGCUCUUCGUUGAGGAGAGGACCCAUACACUCGCUCACGCAUCCGCUCUCUCUCUCGCUCCUUUGGGGACUUCGAAUACAGAACGAAGUGGAGGUGAUUUAUUUAGCAAUAUAGAGUGAAGCCAAUUAUUCAUAAAAACGCGACCAAAAUCCGUCGAUGAAUUUACCGACAAAUUAUGAACCGAAUUCAAAAUGCGAAAGUAAUUAAAAUAAAAUUCCUCUCGAAUGAAUUAUCCGUCGAUUCUAAUUUAAACUAAGCUAACCCCGAUACAAGGGACUCGGCCUACGAAUGAAUGACAAUUAUUAACCCCGAUUGAAGGACCCGUCCCAGGAAUGAAUGACAAACCGCCCACCAAAGCAAUGCUUAUAAACGCCCUCCCCAGUGAAAAAUGAAGUGUUGCAAUUUGUUGAAAACCAAGAAGAAGAAGAAGCAACAGCGUGUGGGUGUUGCAUUGUGCGACGUCUUAACGAGGUCAAGGAAAGUGACCUAAGAAUUAGGAAGAGGUCAAGUCCUCACAAGAGGGAUUUGAGACGGAAACGCAGGUCGACACAGCUAUGGCUUGCGGGAGCGUGUUCGCGACGGAGACGCAGCUGGGGAGGGACCUGUCCUCCUUAGACCUGCCCAGGAAGGACCUGAAGCCCGACAGGAACCGCCACCAGAAGGAAAACAGUCCUUCCAAGAACGCGGCUACCUCCUACAGGGUUGGAGGCAACGCGCACGAAGCCAUAAGAUUCCUACAGGCGGAGCAUGAAGCAGUGCUUUCGGGACUACACCUGCAAAUUAAACAGCUGCAGAAGCGGUGCGAUGAUCUGCAGUUUGAGGCCCACCUACGACAUGUUACUUUAACGGAAGAGGACACAUGGAGGGCAAAAGUAGCAGAACUCAACAGGCUUUUAGAGGAACGAACUUCCCGUGUGAAACAACUGGAGGAACAGCUUGCAGAACAGCAGAAGUUACGCGAAGACGAACACGAACAGAACCGGUGGCGUGAACUACAACUCCAGCAGCAGCUGGAAGCAGGAGAGAGAAGGGUUUCUGACUUGAAGGGAGAAGUGGCUCGUCUUCGGGCCCAAGUGAAGGAUCUUAGGGUAUACAGCACGGCUCUUCGAACUGUUAGAAGCCGGGCCCCCUCUAAUCGGGCAUCUAACAAUCGCUCCAGCACUGCUGUAACAACAACUACAACCGGUGCGCGACCUCCUUCCAGAAAUUCUCGUUCGUCCGUGGGAUCUUUGGACUCGCUGGAAUCCUCGGGGCCAAAGAGCCUUGGAUCAGAAGACGGAGAAGCAGGGUCAUGGCGAGGUGCCAGACUUGGUGGAGGAGCGAGUACCAUCCCAUCACGACUACAAAGGUCAAUUGGAGGGGGAGGUGGAGUCAGGGGUAUCAAAGGUCCUCAGAGUCCAACUCGAAGGAGUUCAACCUUCUCCUUACCUCCAACACAGGCCUCACCUCCCUCAUCAAUGCCCCCUUUGGCAUCUCUGCAGCCACAGAGGCCAUCUUCGAGUGUCACUCUUCCUCCGAUUAGUAUGACUCAGAGUGUUGCUCGACACGUCAGGAAGCAGCUACGUCUUGGGUCGGCUCCAGCUUUAGACAUUGACAGAAGUGAAAAUAAAACAUCCCGCGAUCCAGCGUGACCCUGCCCAGCCUCGGCACCGGUGCGAUUAAUGCAGAGGGCUUCUUCCCAGAGUUCCCUGCCCCAAGCAACAGAGCCCGGGGUCGAGGCAGAACUAGCAGAAGCAACAGCACCAAAGAGAACUCGUCCAACCAGUCUUCGCAGUUGUAGAGUGUCUUGGGGACAGUCAAGGGACCAGUUGUAUUAGUCCUAACUACAGUGAAACCAAGGACCAAAUAAUUCUGUAAAGUAGUGGUACAGCAAUACUGUAAAUAUGUUACGUACUAUUAGAGCGAAGAAUUAGGUUUCCCUUAUUAUUGUGUUCAUAUAGCCAUCACAAAAGAAAUAGACAGAAACUAGCCAACGUAAAGUAUCAGAACCAAAUUCGACUUUAAAGAAGAUUUUCUCUAAAUUUCAAUGUGGCCUUGUGCAAGCUGUGAUAAAACAAAAUGAGGACCCUCCAAAACACAAAUCUACAAAGUUGAGAUCAAGUGUCAAAAUUCUUGAGGAAUUUUUCAAGUACCGUAUGUAUAAACCUGAAAAUUAACUACUCCACAACAUUUAGGAAUGAUGUUGUUUGCUGAAAGUGGUGAUAUAUACUGUGACAGUGGCAUUUAUAUAUAGUAAAUGUGAAGUCUUUGUGUAUGACAAUGGGACAGUAUGUAUAAACAAUAAGCAUUUACAUAAUCUCCAUUUUUUGAGAAGUAAAACAGUCAUGGAACAGAUUGUAAUGCCUGUGUUGAUUUUGCAAGAGUAUUAAAUUGUUGAGUAAUGCGUAAUUACUUAAUUAUCUGGCCAAAUAGAAUAAGAGUGGAAUGCUUCAAGAUAAGUUUGUGCAUAUAAGUACGUAAUUCCUAUUAGUGUGUGAGUGUGCGCUGGCCAGCAUUCAAAUGAUUAACUUUGUGACUAAAAACAAGUGUCAAAUGUAUCCAAAAUAAAAAAGUGAUUCCAAGUAAAUGUAUCUGCCAACAUUCAAAUGAGUUACCAUGAGACUGCAGUAAUUAGAAAAGUGUCCAUUAGAGAUAGAGAAGAGAACUAAAUGUCUGAUCUAGUUUAGCAAGUCUCAAAGAAAGGGAGAUUACAGUGGAUAAGUGAAAACACAGAUUAAAUGUAAGUCUUGCUGGUUUUCCACACCCAAUGAGAAAAAUUUGUUAAAUGUCACUUAUUUACAUUGUUUACAAAAACAAUAAUAAGUCAUGACAAUUACUAUAUGUAUAAAAUCUUCAUAAGCUUUCAUGUGUCAAACUAUAAGCAUGAAUUAUAUUGUAAAUUAAAAAAAAAUUGUAAAUCUACAAGAGAUAUAGGUUUACUUUUUGUAUAAAAAAAUCAUUUAUUGAUAUACAUAUAUAUACCAUAUAUAUCAUGGUAAUGUUUUAUAUUUGUGUAUACCAAACAUGAAAAAUUAUAGUUUAAUGCAAUAUGUUAUCUCUACAAAGGACCUGUGUCUUGUAUACAUAGUACACACAUGUAUGACAAAAGGUUGAUGUCUUUCUGACGAAUGACAUGGGGGUCUGGCCUGUGACCUGAAAAUGGUGUGUAUUCAUCCAACACAUAAAAAAAAAGUCAUUUUGUACCCUAGUUUAAGGCACCCAGACACUGGUCACUUUUUGAACUCUUGUGGUUAACACACUAACUCAGCCAAAACAAGAUUGCUUGGACUUGAAACAUAUACGUACUACAUAAAUUUACAAAACAGCAGAUUUCACUAAGGUAUCAUGUAAUAGUGUUUUUACAGAAUAUUUAAUAAGACAUUCUUUGAGAACAUUUGCAAAUGGUUUUUCAACAUAUGCAGUAAAUAACCAUAUAGUAUACAAACACUAGUUCAACAAUUUUUAUGUUACAAUAUUUUAUCAGUAUGCUCUGACUAAUAUCAAUUUUGGUUUUACAAACUAUGUCAAAAUAUACACAUUGCAGUGUGUAUUUUUGACUGCAACUAUGUUGAAUAUUUCAUUAAAAACUAAAUUCAAUUUCAGCUGUAACAAUGUCCAAUAGUCUGUAAAGAGCAAAUUCAAGUUUGGCUGUAACCAUGUCUAAGAGUCCAUUAUAAGUAAAUUCAAUUUUUGGCUGAGAAAGUUUGAUAGCUCAAAGAUGAUCAGAAAGGACAGCAUCUGUGGUGCCCCAAGAUUUCUCCUGAAGUCACGUGACCUAGUCGGGCAGUAGUCAUGUAUAGCUGGUUUGUAUAUUACAUUUUUAUUCAUUUGGUGGGUUCAAAUAAAAGUGAUUUUGUUGACAA